AUGUCGGAAUUCGUCCAGCCACCUGCACCAUCCGAGGCGCGGCCGCCGAGUCCUCCGCGUCUGCCGGAUGCACCGAUGGAUUCUGCGUCGCCAUCGCCAGUAUCGCAAGAAAUACAGAACGCAUCUGCCUCCUCGGUGGCGAAGCGCCCACGCGUCUCUGAACCUAUUACGCACUUUCUGACCCCCUCUUCUCUCAGUGGCUUCAGCCAUAGCAACAGCACUGUGUCGCCCUCAACUGCGGCUUUGGCGGCGGUGGAAAGCGGCGGUGACCUCGAUGCCGAUACCGAAUCAGCCUCGCCGAAGCAAGCGAGGGUGGAAAGCGUGUCUACCACCCCGAGGUCUCCGUACAGCAACCUGCCGCGCAAAAUCCCCCGCAAGACACCCGCCGUCACCCCCACCUCGUCCGUUGCAACACCCACGCUUGUCACGCCUCCUAUUGCCUCCCCCGCAUCUCCUCCACACAUAUCGGCAUCUAGCCCGUCACCCACUGCAAAGAGGGCCACGCUGCAUCAGCGGUGGGCGGCGUUGCUGCAUGAUGCGCUCAUGAAGGAGAGACAGUCGCAAGAAUCCGAAGGGGUGCUGGAGCUGUGCAUGCGUAUCGUGGAGGCGAUUCCAGGCGAUACGGAGCAAAUCAAAGACACGUUUCAAACGCUGCUGUUCAGCAUCAAGGACUCCAAGAACGGCGAGCUACGGCGGAAAGUUGUGGAGGGAGAACUACUGGUGGAGCGCCUCGUCACGAUGGAUGACCGUGAGUUGGCCAAUCCGGAGCUGCGCAAGCAGAUCGAAGAAAAGAUGGAGGAGCGCUCCAAAGACACAAACCUCAGCGAGAUUCGGAAGGCAAUGCGGACGAGCAACUCGACACUCUUCAAAUGCCACGUCUGCGGCGCCCGAGACUCCUCCUGGGAGCAGCGGCAGACGCGCUCGGGCGAUGAGCCGAUGACGGUGAUCAUCACGUGCAACAAGUGCAGCACACAGUGGCGCAAGUAUUAA